AUGCAUCGAAUGGCCCUGCUGACCAUGCUUCUUCCGGCCUCUGUGCCGGGGCUUGGGCUUGUCGACCGCACUCGCUGCAUGGAGAUGGCUCUGAUUCAUGACCUCGCAGAAGCCCUUGUUGGCGACGUGACCCCACAUGACAACGUGCCGAAAACGGACAAACAUCAGCGCGAACAGACGAGCAUGGCUGCAAUCCUGGCAGCAUUGCCCCCCGCCUUUCAGGACCGAGGCCAACACUUGAACGAGCUAUGGAACCUUUACGAGCAAGGCCAAAGUCCUGAGGCGCUUCUUGUGAAAGACCUCGACCGUUAUGACAUGCUCGUGCAAGCACUCGAUUAUGAAACCACGGAGGGUCGGCUCAGCGUGGGUGAACUCGAGACAUUCUUUGCCUCGACACUAGGUACCUAG